ACUCCCAAUACAAGCGUGACCCCCAGCAGCUGGGACAGGGGGGAACCCUGAACACCAAAGGGGAGGGACCAGAGACAGGGAACUCCUGGGAGGCAUUUUCAGAGUAGAUUUUUUUGGACACACGAUGCCUGGUGUCUUCUAGAGAUGGACUUGGGCAGAGGAACCUUCAAACUCAAUGUGCUCAUCCCUUGUUUUCCCCCCAAACCAGGAUUUCCCAUUCCCAAACCUCGGCCAGAUGGAGGAGGAGGCUGCGAGGAAGAUGCCCCGGGACCCCCAGGCAGACAAGGAGCUGAGGACGGAGCCCAGGGAGGACAAAUCCCCACAGCAGAACCUGGUGGAAGAGGCCGUUUUGAGUGGCUCCACGGCGCAGGAAUCCAAUGGGGAGGAAAAUGCCCAGAGAUCCUGCAGGAGGAGGGGCUGCAAACGCAGCCCAGGGUGCUCUGAGGAGGAAAGACACACCCUGUGCCGGGAAGGUGGCCGGAGAUCGAGCCGGAGCUCGGAUCUGGUGGUCCAUGAGCAGCUUCACAAUGAGGAGAAGCCCUACAAGUGUGGGGAAUGCCAGAAGAGCUUCAGCAAGAGCUCCCACCUGAUCGUCCACCAGAGGAUCCACAGUGGGGAACGGCCCUAUGAGUGUGGGGAAUGUGGGAAGAGCUUCAGAUGCAGCUCCAACCUGAUCCGCCACCAGAUGAUCCACACUGGGGAAUGGCCCUACGAGUGUGGGGAAUGUGGGAAGAGCUUCUGCCAGAGCUCCACCCUGCUCCGCCACCAGAUGAUCCAUACUGGGGAACGGCUCUAUGAGUGUGGGGAAUGUGGGAAGAGCUUCGGAGAGAGCUCCACCCUGCUCCGCCACCAGAUGAUCCACACGGGAGAGAGGCCCUAUGAGUGUUCCGAGUGUGGGAAGAGGUUUCAGACCAGUUCCAGUCUCCUCCUGCACCAGCGGAUUCACACAGAGGAGAGGCCCUUCCACUGCCCUGACUGCGAGAAGGGCUUCACACAAAACUCCCACCUUGUCAGACACCGGCGCAUCCACACUGGGGAGAGGCCCUACAAGUGUGAGGAAUGUGGGCAGAGCUUCAGCCGGAGCUCCCACCUAAUCCGCCACCAGAUGAUCCACACUGGGGAACGCCCCUACGAGUGUGAGGAGUGUGGGAAGAGCUUCAGCCAGAGCAUCAACCUGAUCUUCCACCAGAACAUCCACACUGGGGAAAGGCCAUACAAGUGCUUGGAAUGUGGGAAGAGCUUCAGCCAGCGCGGCAACCUGACCGUCCAUAAAAAGAUCCACACUGGGGAGAAGCCCUACGAGUGUUCCGAGUGUGGGAAGAGGUUUCAGACCCCCUCCAGUCUCUUCCUGCACCACCAGAUUCACACAGAGGAGAGGCCCUUCUGCUGCCCCGACUGCGGGAAGGGCUUCAAGCAAAACUCCGGCCUCAUCAUCCACCGGCGCAUCCACACCAGGGAGAAGCCCUGCGAGUGUGAGGAAUGUGGGAAGAGCUUCACCCACACCUCUACCUUGACCAGACACCAACGGAGGCACCAGUAAGGGAAGCCCUGCAAGUGCCCCGACUGUGGGAAGAGCUUCGUGCCCUGCUCCAACCCCAUCCCCUUUUGCAGGAGCCACACUGGGAAAAGCCCUGGUGGCCCACAUUCCCUGUGAUCCAUAUUGGGAAGACCCCUGGCUGGUUAUCCUUUUAUUUUGGCCCUAAUUGUCUUCUGAUUCAUCCUCAUCACUUAAAAACACCCAAAAUAGGACUAAAAAGAAAGAAAUUGAUCACAGAUGUUUUAAGUUCCACCAUUUCACAGGUAUUUGAGGGGGAAUUUAGGGUUUGGGGACAUAUUCUGGAGUAUUUGUGGGUUCUUGGGGGAUUUUGGGCAGUGUUCUCCAUCUCUUUGCACUCCAAAAGCCAAGAGGGAUCACCUCAAAACGACUCAAUCCCACUGAAAACAAUUCAAUCCUACCCCAAAAGGGCUCAAUCCCUCCUCAAAAUGGCUUGUUCCCACCUCAAAAAAACUCAGUCCCAUGCCAAAAUUACUUGAUUCUACAGCCUCCAGGGUGAGAUGGGGUUGAAAGGUGACUGGGAUCCAGAUUUGGAGGGGUGAGAUCAGGAUUGUGUAGGGCUGGCUCUGUGGGUGGUGUUUUGAUAGUAAAUAAAACUUUCAGAAUGAC